AUGAAGUAUUAUAUACAAAUACUUGGUACUGAUACAUAUGACUUAUCUCCAUCUGUCCUAGUUCAUUUUGAUGGACAACGAGGUAGUCAAAGAUAUUUAUUUAAUUGUGGUGAAGGUACUCAAAGAUUUUGUCUACAAAACAAAUUAAAACUUGCUAAAACAAAAAAUAUUUUCAUUACAAGAGUUAAUUGGGAAUGCGUUGGUGGAAUUCCUGGUAUGCUACUUACUUUAGCUGAUUCUGGCACAAAAGAAAUCAAAGUUUUAGGCGAAGGGUCAGAUUUCAAUGAUGGUAAUUUAUUAGUAAAAGCUGUAUUAAUUACUCCAAAUAAUUUUGAGAUGUCAUCACCCGUUGGUUUGGAUAGCAAAAAAAAAGUAUUAGAAUUAAUGUUCACUCAAAGUUCAAAUAAUACGGAACCACCACCACAAUUAUUCUCAUCGUCAUUAUCAACACCAUCAAAAAAAAAACGUAUUAAAUUAAAUGAAGACAAUGCAGCAUUUGAUAUUCCUGAUGAAUCAACCGAUGAACCUUCUUUAGAAGAUCAACAACCAUUAGUUAUUGAAUCAGCAAAAGCGAAAUCAUCUACUAUUAUACGUGAACAAAGAAAGAAAUAUUUCCCAAAAAGAUUACCAAAAUCUAAACCAUUGGCAACAUCAAUUGCUUAUAUUUGUAAAGGGCCUGAUUAUAAAGGAAAAUUUGAUCCUAAAGCGGCACAAGCUUUGGGAUUGCCACCUGGCAAAUUAUAUUCACAAUUAGUUAAAGGGUUGUCAGUCACCGCACCAGAUGGAACUAUUGUUCAUCCAGAUCAAGUCGUGGGUCCAUCUCGUCCUGGUUUGAUUUUCAUUAUUAUUGACGUCCCAUCAACAGACUAUAUACAAUCAGUAUGUUCUUCACCAGAUUUCAUACAAUAUCAAACUGCCGAAGAUCUUCAACCUAAAAUUAUAAUUCAUAUGUUAGGUAAAAAUGUCAUUCAAAAUCAACAAUAUAUUGAAUGGAUGAAAAAAUUUGGUGAAAAAACUGAGCAUAUUAUUGCAAGUGAAGAAGUUUGCCCACAAAAAAUUGUUUUUUAUAAUUCGGCAUUGAGUCAACUUAAAUUAUCUAAACUUGAUGAAAAACAAUUUGCAAUUCCAUAUUAUUCUAAUGAACCUUUUAAGAAGUUGGAUGAUAUUUUAAACCUUCCAAAGAAGUCUUCAAUUGCCAUACCAUUAAGAGUUUAUCAAAUGGAGCCAACUUUUAAAAUCGAUGAUUCACAACUAACAAAUGUGUUUGAUCACAUUGACCCAAAUUCACUCGAGAUGCAAACAUUAAAUGGGAUGACCGAGUAUCUUGAAAUUGUUAAGCUAGUAAAACAAAAAAUAUUAUCAUCAGCAUCGUCGUCAUCAGAUAACUCCAUUCAAUCUCAAGAUCCACUUCCUAUUAUUCAUGGUUCAAAUGUUAGUGUCACUACUUUAGGAACAGGAUCUUUAAGUUCUACUCUCAUAAAGAUCCCACAAGAUGGAUGUAUUUUACUUGAUGUUGGUGAGGGGACAUUAGGUUCAUUGUACAGAAAAUACGGACCACUUAAUGAUAAACCUAUAAUUAAUAGUAGUAACUCCACCAUUAAUGGCGGUAGUAAUACUAAUAAUGAAGAGAGCAUGAGUUUAGAAAAGUGUUUAAGAGAUUUGAAAUUGAUUUUUAUAUCACAUAUGCAUGCUGAUCAUCAUUUGGGGAUAAUUAGAUUGUUAGAUCGAUGGAAUCAGUUACGUCAAAAUGAUGGUGAUGAUAAAAGCAUUUAUUUAAUGGGACCAACAAGGUUAUGGAAAUGGCUUAAUGAAUAUAGUGAUGUACAAGAUUUUGGUAUUUCAAAGGUUAAAUUUAUUGAUAAUAAAGAUGUAUUGAGACAGCAAUUUUCAAGAAAGUCGGACGAAUUGCCAGCUGUUAUAAUGAUAAGAGAGCUGAUGGACAAUUUAAAACUUCGAGAACUUUUACCAGUUGAAGUAAUUCAUUGUCCUUCAUCUUAUGGGUUAUGUAUAGAACAUACUGAUAAUUGGAAGAUUGUACCAUGCGAAGAACUUGUACGUCUUGGUAAAAAUGCCACGUUGUUAAUCCACGAGGCUACAUUUGAAAAUGAUUUAGCACAAGAAGCAAAAAUUAAACGUCAUAGUACUACGGAAGAGGCUGUUCAAGUUGUGCCAAUAUUUACUGAUGAUCAUGGAUAUGUGGGUAUAAGUUUUGAUUUGAUGGAAGUUAACAUUGGUGAAUUGUACAAACUUCCAAAAUACGUGGAGGCUCUUAAAGUGUUAUAUCCUGAUGAAAGUGAGGAAGCCAAAGAAGAAGAAACAGAUGAAGAGGAUAUUUAA